UUUGUAUGUCCCGCUCACUGCCUCCCAGUCACGCGUGUGUUUUUUACCCAAAGGACAGCCAAGAUGGACCGUCCAGCGAAGGCAUCUUCGUGUCCAAGAUCGUGGACAGCGGGCCGGCAGCCAAGGACGGAGGCCUGCAGAUCCACGACCGGAUCGUGGAGGUCAACGGCAAGGACCUGUCCCGGGCCACCCACGAGCAGGCUGUGGACGCCUUCAAGACAGCGCAGGAGCCCAUCGUGGUGCAGGUGCUCAGGAGGACACCGCGGGCCCGGAUGUGCACACCUGUCCCCGAGGCGCAGCUGGUGGACGUGGGGACCCAGACCGACAUCACCUUCGAGCACAUCAUGGCCCUGGCCAAGGAGUCCCCCGCGGCCCCGCCUGUGCUGGAGCCCUACCUCCUGGCCGAGGGGCAUCCCUGUGCCCAUGAGUACUAUGACCCGAGUGACUACAUCGGAGGCGCCCACCAGGACCUGGACAGGGAGGAGCUGGAGCUGGAGGAGGUGGACCUCUACCGAAUAAACAGCCAGGACAAGCUGGGCCUCACCGUGUGCUACCGGACGGACGACGAAGACGACUUAGGGAUUUAUAUCAGUGAGAUUGAUCCUAACAGCAUCGCGGCCAAGGAUGGACGGAUCCGAGAAGGAGAUCGCAUUAUCCAGAUUAACGGGCUGGAGGUCCAGGACCGAGAAGAGGCCGUGGCUCUCCUGACCAGUGACGAGCACAAGAACGUGUCCCUGCUGAUUGCGCGGCCGGAACUCCAGCUGGACGAGGGCUGGCUGGACGACGACCGGCUAGACGACGACCGGAACGACCUGCUGGACGAGCUGCAGCUGGACAUGCUGGAGGAGCAGCACCACCGCGCCAUGCGGUUCACGGCCGGCUCGCCGCCGCAGGUGAGGCCGCCCUGGGCCGGGAGGGGGGCGGCGGGCCGAGCGCACGCGCAGGCGCAGAUCCCCGCGCAGGCGCACGUGCCCUACCGGCACGCGCUCAUCCCCGCGCAUGCGCAGCACUACCGCAGCUACAUGCAGCUGGUGCAGCAGCGCUCGGCCGUGGAGUUCGCGCACAGCCAGACCAGCCUGGCCGGGCCCGAGCCGCGGCUCGAGUGGAAGGUGAAGGUGCGCAGCGACGGCUCGCGCUACAUCACCAAGCGGCCGGUGCGCGACCGGCUGCUGCGGGAGCGCGCGCUGCGCAUCCGCGAGGAGCGCAGCGGCGCCACCACGGACGACGACGCGGCCAGCGAGCUCAAGCUCGGCCGCUACUGGAGCCGCGAGGAGCGCAAGCAGCACGUGGUGCGCGCCAAGGAGCAGCGGCGCCGGCGCGCGCUGCUGCUGCACGGCCGGCCCGACCGCCCGCCCGAGCCGCCGGCCGCCGACGAGCGCCGGGAGCCGAGCAUCCUGGAGCUGAGCCACAAGAAGAUGCUGCGGCGGCGCAACCGGCGCAUCCUGGACAACUGGAUGACCGUGCAGGAGCUGCUGGCGCACGGCGCGCGGUCCCCGGACGGCGCGCGCGCGGCGCACCACUUCCUGUCGGUGACGACCGUGUGACAGUCGCUGACCGCCGCGUGAUAGUCGCUGACCGCCGUGUGACUGCCGGCGACCACCGUGUGACAGUCGCUGACCACCGUGUGACAGUCGGCGACCACCGUGUGACGCGCGCGUGCGGUCAGACGCCCCGGGGCCGCGGUGCCAGCUCGAGGGGGAAACCCGCCCGCAGCGUCUCGGGAGGCGCUGUGAGCAAACGGGGCGUUUUCCGAACAGCGCUGGUACUUUUUACCUGUUGGCCUUUCACACAGAGCGUUUCAAUGUCCAUAGGAUCUUUUUAUGAAGCAUACUUUCACAGACUAAUUUGUUUAAACUGUAUUCCUAUAAAAAAGUUAAACACGCUUUUUUUCCUGCGGAAAACACAGAUACAACUGCCGGUAUGUAUUUUUAACAGAACCCUAUUUUAUGAUGUUACUUUGCUGAAUGUGUGUCGUAUGAGUGACCAUUAAUAUAUUACCUGGGUCAGGGCUUCAGCACAAAACCAAACUGGUAAUGAUUUGAUACACGUAACCAAACCAGCAGCGUUUCGGUGUGUGAUCCAAUGUGAAACGUUUUUCUGAUUCAAGUUCCCGAGCGAGGGUAAAGGUUUAAGCAGAAAGCCGGGCGUCCUGUAUGUAGCUUUAUGGGAGUUGAAAGCAUGUUUGCAAAUAGUGCAGCCCGUCGGAAGAACGUGCAUGUACAGGAGCGUUGUGGCUGGAGAUGGCUGUGGAGUUCCAGGUGUCAUUGUGGUAAACCUUUGCUGUGGCGAUUUGAAGGGGCAGACUUUGUACAAGCAAGCUCACGAAAUCAUGAGUAGCUACAAACAUUAAGUAAAAUGAAGUUAAAAUAAAUUAUUUUCUAUUUGA